AUGACCCUUGCCCCCCGUUUCAGCUCAUCGCGACCCAAAGCCCGUUUCGUCGGUCGCCAACGCUCCAAGUUGGCUAAGAUCGCCGAUCCUCUAUCCAAGAGAUGUUCCACGAGCCUAAUAUUGGUCGUACAGGCGGACGCAUUCACACUGCGGACGCGGUCGUUCAAAAUUUAUAGCGCUAGCAAUGUCAAGCAUUCUAGAUCCUCCCAUUUCCCAAUCCUCUCUCUUAGAGGUCGUAUCCAGGCGGCUCUGCAGCGUAUAAGUGGCCCUCGCCGCUCUACUCUCGACUCGCAGUCUCCCAUUUCUCGGUAUCAGUCGACUUCCCCAGGCGAUGGAAUGAGCUCCGACACGCCCCCAACAGGUCGUGAGCGGCUCGCUAUCCGCUUUCUUGCGGGCGAACAGACGCGUCAACGUACUACUUCGACGAGCGCUGGAGGCUCGUCUGGCGCACCGCAAGAUUAUGUGCGGCAGCGUGCGAUUUCAACGCAUGUACCGAGUGCGAGUUCAAGUCGCCAUGGACUUCGUCCUUCUACUCCCGCACCUUCCAGACUUGGUCCAGGUGGUGGACUGACGGCAAUGCCUACACUCCAUGCGACUCCGCCCGACACCAGGGGAAGAACUUACCAUCUAGAAGUGGAACAACACCCUGAACGGACUGCCGAGUUUGGACCCGCUGUGCUAUCGCGUCUGCCUCUGGCGCCUGCGCCAAUUGUAAAGUUGACCAUACGCGAUCAUACCGGAUCGCCUAUCGACCCAAACACGGAAUUGCCGUACCUGAUUGCGCAUUUGUCCCUUUGCACAGAGAGCGGGCACCCACUCGAUGGCGGCGUGCCUGGUGCACCGUCGCAACAUGUCCUUUACGGAACGCUCGUGUCUUCGGCGCAGGUUCUGCGGAACCUCCGUGGGCGUGUCGCUCCUUACUUUAUCUUUCCAGAUGUCAGCAUACGUCAGCGCGGCCGAUAUACACUGCAUAUAUCUUUGGUGCGUCUACCAGGAAUCGGUGGACCGGCCUCCGUGAGUGCUGGUAACCGAGGAAACACACUCGCGACGGUCUACACUCAAGUAUUCGAAGUGGUAUCCCAGAGUAAUUACGCAGCACCACAGCCUACUCCGCUGACUCAACUAUUCAUCCGUCAAGGCGCCCGCAUGUACGCUUUUGAAUCUUCUUUCGCACGCCAUACUACUCACGACUGA